CACCUCCUCUCUCAUCACUGAGCUCUGAGGCGUUGCAGGCGGCCGCUCAUUUGCACACGGUGCAAACAGCUGUAGUCACAAGGCUGCAUCAAAUAUUUAGUUGUUUGCACCCCGGUUGGUUUGGGAGGAUGUCCAGUAGCUGCUGAGACUAUUUCCAAGGAGGAGACAAUAGAGGAGACUUAACAAGUUGUAGAAAUUACGCUUGGAUAAAUAGCACCAGUAAAUUAACUGUUAAGUUAAAUUAGACUUAUUUUAGUGUUUUGUUUUGUUUUGUUUUUUUGAGUUUGAGGAUUUUCUUUAGCUGUGAUAUUCAGUCAUGUUCAGGAACAAGGAUCCAGAGAGGGUUCCCCUGGUGAUAGAGGUGAAGAACACGUACAACAAUGUGGGAAGCACGCACAGCCAAGAGGUAUUACAGAGAGACGGCACCAGUGGCAUCAAACAUUGCCAUGACAACAGCCACGCACAGGAGGAUCGCGAGAGAGAGAAGAAAGUUGCCAGGAAAAGGUUGUAUGUGGUCUCUGUCGUCUGCCUGAUUUUCAUGGUCGGCGAAAUCCUCGGUGGGUAUUUUGCAGGGAGCCUGGCAGUGAUGACGGACGCCGCCCACUUGCUGGUGGACUUCACCAGCUUCAUCAUCAGCCUGUUAUCCCUCUGGCUCUCCUCUAGACCUGCCACACGCAGGCUCAGCUUCGGCUGGCAUCGUGCAGAGAUCCUGGGUGCGCUGCUGUCAGUUUUAACCAUCUGGCUGGUAACUGGAGUGUUGGUUUACCUGGCUGUAGAGCGCCUCAUCAACGACGACUACACCAUCGAUGGCAUGCUCAUGCUCGUUACCUCUGGUUGUGCUGUGCUGGCCAAUAUUAUUAUGGCCCUCACCCUUCACCAAUCCGGCCAUGGUCACAGUCAUGGGGGACUCACUUCACAUGGUCAUGGUCACAGUCACAAGAAAGGACAAGAAUCAAACCACACCCAUUCGAAUAAUUCAAACCACACCCAUUCGAAUAAUGAUGUGGAGCAAAAAGGAGCCGAGCAAGGGCGUAGAGCUCAGCAGGCCAAUGCCAGCGUGCGAGCAGCCUUCGUACACGUGGUGGGAGAUCUUCUCCAGAGCGUCAGCGUACUCGUCAGCGCCAUCAUUAUCUUCUUCAAGCCAGAAUAUAAGAUUGCUGACCCCAUCUGCACCUUCCUAUUCUCCAUAUUAGUCUUGUGCACCACCUUCACAAUCAUGAGAGAUAUCCUGCUUGUCCUGAUGGAAGGCACUCCAGCAGGGGUGAACUUUAGUGAAGUCCGGGAUGGUCUGUUAAAGGUGAAGGGGGUGACAGCGGUCCACAACCUUCACAUCUGGGCCCUCACCGUCAACCAGGCUGUAAUGUCUGCACAUGUAGCCAUAGACGAGUCAGUGGAUGCUCAGACAGUUUUAAGAGAAAUGACACAGGCUUGUUUCUCCUCCUACAACUUCCACACCGUUACGAUUCAAAUGGAGAGACAGGCCGACCUGAGGCCUGGAUGUACCCUGUGUGAGGCUCCCAAGAUGUAGGAACCCACCUGAAUCAUCAAAAUCCUAACCUGCAGUGAUAUCAGUAUUUAAUUGUUCUGCACUGUGAAUUGGACCUUGAGGUCUUUUUGUUUUACUGUGAGUCGCAAGACUGUGAGACAUAUGACUGUGCCUUAAGUGCCUUUUGUGCUGACUUUCCCAAAGAAGUGUUCAUAUUAAAAUAACGAGCAUGUGCCUAAAAGAAAGCCAAGCUGGCUAAUGAUGGAAAUGAUUUUAUAGGAAACGUUACCUUUCCUCAUCCUCCUGUAUGAAGUUUUAACAUUAUAUUCACGAGUUUUCUUUUGCUUUUAAGUGUGUUCAUGUUGAAACAGAAAUCACUAUGCACUGUAUAAAAUAAAUAUUUGUCUUUUCCCGAUCUAUACAUUGUUACUUGAUCAAGCGUUUUAAGUGCGCACUGAUUUAA